AUGUGGCGGCGGUCGGUGUGCGUGGGCCUGCUGGCCCUGGCGCUGGGCUACCUGUGCGUGCUGGGCCCCGAGCUGCCCCCCGCGGCCCUGCGGCAGCUCUCGGCCUCGCUGCUGGGGACGCUGCGCCGCGCCCGCUCGCUGGAGGCGCGCACGGUGGCUGCCUGGCAGGCGGCCAUUGUCCGGCCCGCGCGCGGCUGGGCGCGCGUCGCCGUCGGUGUCAAUGCCUGCGUGGACGUGGUACUGUCUGGGGUGAAGCUGCUGGAGGCACUGGGCUUGGAGCCCAGUGAUGGGAAGAACCACGCGGUCCUGAACUCCAGGCAGGACCUGAGGGAGGCUUUUGCCCACUUCAUGGAGAGAGGGGCGGCUGCUGAGCGCUUCUUCAGCGAUGCCGAGGCGUUCCAGGACAUUGCGCGGACAGCCUCGGAGCACCCCGCGGCACAGCUUUACGUGGGAGGAAAUGCUGCUCUCAUCGGGCAGAAGCUCGCGACAAAUCCAGACCUGAAGAUCCUCCUUUGUGGCCCAGUUGGUCCCAAACUCCAUGAACUGCUUGACGACAAUGUGGUUGUGCCACCUGAAUCCAUGCAGGAAAGAGAUGAAUUCCAUCUUAUCUUGGAAUAUCAAGCAGGUGAGCAGUGGGGCCGAGUGAGAGCACCCGCUGCCAACCGCUUCAUCUUCUCCCACGACCUGUCCAAUGGUGCCCUGAACAUGUUGGAAGUGUUUGUGUCCAGCCUGGAUGAAUUCCAGCCAGACCUGGUGGUGCUUUCAGGACUUCACAUGAUGGAAGGGCAGAGCAAGGAGAUGCGACACAGACGACUCAUGGAGGCUGUGGCUUCCAUCUCUGAUAUCCCAGCUGACAUUCCCAUACACCUAGAGCUGGCCAGUAUGACUGAUCAGGAUUUUAUGAGCAACAUUAUGCAUCAGCAGGUCUUUCCCCUGGUGAACUCCAUCGGGCUGAACGAGCAGGAGCUGCUGUUCCUCACCCAGUCUGCUUCUGGUCCCCACGCCUCUCUGGCCUCGUGGAGUGGCAUUCCUGAUGUGGGGGUGGUCAGCGACAUCCUCUUCUGGAUCCUGAAGGAGCACGGCAAGACGGCAGAGCGGGCCUCGGACCUCACGAGGAUCCACUUCCACACCCUGGCCUACCACAUCCUGGUCACCGUGGACGGCCACUGGGGCAACCAGGCGGCGGCGGUGGCGGCGGGGGCCAGGGCCGCCAGCACCCAGGCCUGUGCCACCGACACCAUCGACGCCAGCAAAGUCUUCCUCAAAGCUCCUCUGGAGUUUGUCACCUCCCACACGGAGGCACCAUCCAAAAUCUCCCUCAAUCCAGACAAGCCCGUGGUGCACUGGCACAGGGAAGGCAUCUCCUUCCACUUCACCCCUGUGCUGGUGUGCAAGGAUCCCGUCCGGACCGUGGGACUUGGGGAUGCCAUUUCAGCCGAGGGACUGCUCUAUUCCGAAGUGUAUCCUCAGUAG